UAAGAUCAAGUGUAGUAUCUGUUCUUAUCAGUUUAAUAUCUGAUAUGUGGCCCAUCGGGUCACACGAUAUUAACUCUAUUUUUUAAGGGAGGAGGUCCAUUAAGAUAGCUUGCUAUCUGGGUCUCUACGAGUCGCCCAUGCGUUGCACUACUGCACGGGCUGGCUCAUCCCGCCACUAAUCCAGUUUAAUUUUAUAUUUUGGGCCUUUCGUAACUAUUAUUCAGACUGCGAAUUAAAUCGAAGUGGGUCUUUCGGCCCAAAUGACUGGCCUAAACUAUAAUGCUUUUUUGAGUCAAAUUCCAUCUCACUAUUUCAGAUGACAUCUCGAUUCGUUUCAUUCCCUGGGCCUAUCGCCGGUUUCUUGCCGGAGCUGUCGUCAGUUAACACUUGUAAUCUCCACUUUUUGUCACGAGCUCCAUGUUCUUCAGGUCGUCAUGGCUUUCGACUCCCUCGUACACGAGGAAGGACACUCAUGUGCUCAGGUUCGAGCUCUCACUCGUGGAAUGUUCCUGUUCUGUCCAGCAAUGAGGUUGUUGAGAGGCUGAAACUAGUAGGAAAAGGGAAACAGUUCUUGGCCAUGUACUCAAGCGUUGUCGGCGGAAUCACAACUGAUCCAGCUGCUAUGGUUCUUCCGUUGGAUGAUCACAUGGUUCAUCGUGGUCAUGGAGUCUUUGAUACCGCCAUGGUCAUUAAAGGAUACCUCUAUGAAUUGGAUCAGCACCUUGACCGUAUCUUACGAUCUGCAUCCAUGGCUAAGAUUCCACUUCCCUUCGACCGUGAAACUAUCAGAAGCAUUCUCAUCCAAACCGUGAGCGUUUCUGGAUGUAGAUAUGGCUCUCUAAGAUACUGGCUCUCUGCUGGCCCAGGGGAUUUCUCACUAUCUCCAUCUCAAUGUCCCAAACCAUCUCUUUACGCCAUUGUCUACCAAAAGGACUUCACCGUUGACCGAAGAGGUGUCAAGGUAGUGACAUCCUCCAUCCCCAUCAAGCCUCCAGAGUUCGCAACAGUGAAAAGCGUCAACUAUCUCCCAAACGCGCUCUCGCAAAUGGAGGCUGAGGCUAAAGGAGCGUAUGCGGGUAUUUGGGUGGAUAACGAUGGGUUUAUAGCAGAAGGUCCGAAUAUGAAUGUGGCGUUUGUCGUUAAUAAGGAGCUUGUGAUGCCACGGUUUGAUAAAGUUUUGAGUGGGUGUACGGCGAAGAGAACGAUUACACUCGCUGAACAGCUUGUAAGCAAGGGGAUGCUUAAAAGUGUGAGAGUUGUGGAUAUUACGGUGGAAGAUGGGAAGAAAGCUGAUGAGAUGAUGCUUCUUGGGAGCGGUGUUCUCGUCAAACCUGUGAUUCAAUGGGAUGAUGAAGUUAUUGCUGAUGGGAAAGAAGGUCCUAUAACCAAUGCGCUACUGGAUCUGUUGCUGGAAGACAUGAGCUCUGGUCCACCUUCUGUUCGUGUGCAUGUUCCUUACUGAGCCAAACCAUUCUCAUUGCUUAUCAAAAACAAUCAACUUAUGUUUAGUUUUGUUUUAUUGCAUUGCUGUUAAUUGUAAUUUUGAGAUUAUAUCCAAUUGUGUCCUGCCACACACAGUUCCAUUUGUAUCCAAUCAACGUUGUAAAAUGUAAAUGUUCACUUGUAAGUGGGGCCUUUUCCGACA